CUGUAAUUUCCUUGAUCCUCUCGGACUAAUAUUUCACGUUUUGACAAGUUUUGCAACUUAGUAGAUUGCAAGGUCAUUUGUUGAAAACUUAUAUUGGUUAUCUUGAUUGAUUCCUCGAACACAUACGUCUGCUUAAGAACUACUUUAUUGAUAACUUAUGUUCAACCCACCAAGAAGCAACAACCAUCAACUCAGAAAUCUACAAAAAUGAGAACAAAACCUCUCCCCGAACCAAUUCCCAAAGCCCUCCAUCCCCUCCCCAAAUCCACAUCGCCAAUCCUCCGCACCGGGUCCUCCGCAGUCGUAUACCACAUCCCGACCACCUCCACUACUGACACCUCCGACGACAACAACAAUCUCAAAACCACAAUCCUCCUCCCACGCUAUUCAACGUGGUCCUCAGGCCUCCAUUUCCACGCCACGCAUACGGAGUACAUCCGUCUGGUCCGCGGCGCGAUUUACGUGCGUCUAGGCUCUCGAACCAUGGUGCUGACUUGCGAAGAGGGCGAGGAGGAGAAGGUUGUCACGGUGCCGAAGUAUGUGAGGCAUGAUUGGGGACGGGCGGAGUGGUACUUACGACAGAGGAGGGGAGUCGGAGGGAGGAGGCAUGAUGCUUCGCCAGAGGUAUUGGGGGAGGAUGUGGUAGUGGAGGAGUGGACGGAUCCGAGGGAUCUGAUGAAGCCUUUGUUUUUCUGGAAUUUGAACGGCGUUAUUCUCAAUGAUGGAGGGGGGGAGAGUGCUGGAUUGGCGGUGCGAAUGGUUAGAUGGAUGCUUGGGAAUUGGUGGGUACCAUUUCAGCUUUUUGUGAUUUUUAGGGAGUUGGAUAAUUUCCCAAUUUUCUUCGAGGUUUUGCACCUGGGCGAAGAGGAUGGAGUCAUUCCGGAGUGCGUGGAGCAUGCGAUCGAGUACAUGGUAACAUAUUCGGUUCUUUUUGUUGCUCACGUAUUGGCUGGGCACAUUGGGAUCCGUGCUGUAAGCGAGGACCGAACACCAAAAGAUCUCUGGGCGGAAUGGAGAAAUCGUGAAAUUGCGGGGCCAUAGCAAUUGUGAUCGUAAUAUGUAGGGAUC